AUGCCUAAGAACACUUUGUACGUGACAGGAUUCACCCGUGAAUCCAAGGCCGCCGACUUGGCACCAGACUUCGAAAAAUACGGAGAACUCGUCAGAUUAGACAUCCCUCCUCCCAGAACAGAUGAUGGAGAAAAGUACGCUUUUGUGGAAUACAAAGAUGCUGAAAGCUGUGAAAGGGCCUUAGAGUUGGACGGAAAGACCUUACCGUACUCCUUGAAGGAUGGUUUGGUUGUUCAAGUUGCCAGAUCUGAUCCAUAUUCCACCAGAUCCAGAGGAGGUUUCAGAGGAAGAGGAGGAUACGGCUACGGAGCCCCAAGAGGAGGAUACGGUGCGUACCCACCAAGAGGGGGUUAUGGAGGAUACCCUCCUAGAGGUGGCAGAGGAGGUUAUGAAAGAGGUUACGAGAGAGGCUAUGGUGCUCCCAGAGGUGGUUAUGGCGACAGAGACUACCGCGGGGACCGUGGUGACCGUGGUGACCGUGGCGACCGUGGCGACCGUGGUGGACGUGGAGGCUACGGCUCCUAUGGUGGAGGACGUGGAGGUUACGGAUCCUACGGUGGACGUGGUGGACGUGGAGAUUACGGUGAUAAAGAAUAUCGUGAAAGAGGCGAAAGAGGUGAGAGAGAAAGAGGAGCACCAAGGGAUCCAGCUUACGACAACAGAGGAGAUAGAUACGAACGUGAAGGACGUAGUGAAGAACAAGGCGGAGAAGACAGAGGCGGAGACUAUAACAGUGGCAGAGGUAAAUAUUCGAGGUCACCAUCGAGAUCUCCACCAAGAAGAGAAAGAUCUAGAUCUCCUGAACGUUAUUGAUUGUAGCAACAAUAAAGCUCAAUGAAAGCAAAAGAAGUGAGAAGAACAAAUCUACAAUAGCAAAAGAAAUAGAGAUACUCAUCGUAACUAUCAAAUACACAUUGAGCAAGAAUACACCGUGCACCAAAGCUGUAGUCAAACUGUGCUAUUGUCAAAUACAAGUAGCAAUAAAUGUCAAUAAUAUACUCAAGCUGUUACAAUAUAAACCAAUAAAAAAAGAUUAACAAUUGAUGUUAUCAAUCUGUUCAUAUAUUAUAUAUAAUAUUCAUCUAUUAAUUAUCG